AGCGUUUCACAACCGGUUGCGACUCGUCUCUAUAGGGUUUACACUACACACUUAAGCAAAAUACAUCAAAAAUAUUUGUAUUUGUGUGUGGAACGCCAUCGAGAACCCUCAAGUGCCGCCACUAUACGUUGAUACGACUACUACGGAAAGAAGUGAUUCGAUCAGGAGAUAGGAACAUCUGCAAAUAAAAUGAUGUCUACAAAAUGUGAUUUUAAUGCAGUCGAUUGCAAUGACGAAGAAAAAGAAGACAAAUUCGUUCAAGAUGACUCUUGUAGCACAUCAAAUCAAAUGUUGGAAAUCGAUACACCUGAAUCUAAGGAUGAAAGGUUCUCGGAAUCUCUUUUGUUGAGCAUCAAAUUCUUCGAUAAGAUAAUUUUAAAGGAGCCUUGCACUGCAGCACUGAUGGAUGUGUUUAAUGCUUAUCUGCCAAUGCAAAAGGUACUAGUUCGGCAAUCGGUCGAUGAUGAAACUCUUGAAUUUUGCGUAGUCAACCAGACACUUGCUCCAGAAAGAGAAGCAUCCCUAUUUGUCAUCGAUUCAACGCCUAUGAAGAACAAACAAAACGAUGGACCGAUACCCAGUUAUAAGAAAGGAAUGAACAAAGUUUUUGACGGCCAAACACCCGAUAUAUCAACGAAGGCUGUUUCCAGAAUACCGAGAACUAGACAAAGUUGUUGGAAUUGCGAAGGAGAUCAUGGAUUAAAAGAUUGCAAGGAGCCUCGCAACUACACGAGGAUUCGACACCAAAAAGAAAUAUUUCAAAAGAAAAACGAUCGCUACCAUGCAGAUUUGGAGCAAAAGUUUGGCCACAUUAUACCCGGGCAGUUGAGUGACCAUUUACGAGAGGCUCUGGGGCUUGGAAGCAGAGAUUUGCCUUUUCACAUCUACCGUAUGAGAAUGUUGGGCUACCCGCCCGGAUGGCUCGAAGAGGCCAAAGUUACAUAUUCUGGAUUGCAGCUCUUCGAUUCAAAUGGUGAAGUGGUGCAACACUCGGAUGAAAGUGACGGUGAGCUGGAUAAUAGUCGCUUGAAAUUUGACGCUCGUAGAAUAAUUGCAUUCCCCGGGUUCAACGAGCCACCUCCGCCAGACAUGUUCGAUGACUCAAAGUUUCACCAAGUACCCGCCUACUCCAACGAAAUGAGUCGAAAUCGGAUGGCUCAACAACUUCAAGGAACAUUAGUUCAAGGUUAUCGAAGGAAGAAAUUGAAAUUGUCGACGACAGAACUUAAAUCUAAUCUUUUGCAAGAACAAGCACAAGUUCACAUGGAUGCAGCUUACGGGGAUAGCAGUUGUAAAGAAAAACAGUUGCUUAAGGAGCAGGAAGACGGGCAAUUGUCGGACGACACUGAUAGUGUAAGAAAUACGACAAACGUAAACAAUAGUGUCCUACUUGCUGAAGAAUCAUGCCCAACGUUUUCUCUAGAUUCUCCUACGCAAAUUCCGAUUAAACGAACUAUGUCACCGACCUUGGAUGCUCUCCAGCAGUACCAGAAGCUUCUUAUGAAAGAGCUAAAUGUUCACAAUUUGCUUACUCCAUCAGAAGACGAUAAUGAUCAACAAGAUAGUACAGUAAGCGAUGAUCAAAAGAUACUGAAUGAUUUACCAACCAUUAUACCUACGCUGAAUUUAGCUGAGACUCUGACGAAUGUCAAAAUAGGAGCGACAGUUAAUGUAAAAGAAAUCUGCAAGGUUCCAUACAUGGACGAAUCAACUAGAUCUGAAGCAACACAGAUAUCGCUUGGUACACCCAUCUUAAAAACCUCUACACCUUAUAAAACACUUCCCAACGGUGUGGCAUUUUCACAAGGAGUGAGUGAUGUAAUUCAUUUUGAGAAUUUACCUGAUUCCACCGGAAAGUAUGAACAAAUGAAAUCUCUCCUGGCAGCAGUUCGACAUAGAAUCAUUGACCAUCACCAUGAAACAGAAGAAGAAACGUAACUAUCUUCUGUUAGAAAUAAAUGUUGAUUAGCGGAUAAGGAACUGGUAGACUUGCAAGAAACUCAUCAGAUGAAUGUCCGGGAAAAUAGUCCAUCUAGUAAAAUCGUAAUGUACGUAAUAAAAUAGUAAUUUUACGGAAUGCGCGAACAUACGAUCAAAUAUACAUGAAACUUCUAUUCAGUCAUACGUUACCAGUGAAAUUUAACUUCAUUUGUGGUAUAUCAAACAAAAAAUUAGGAAAUGACUAAGCUUUCGAGAUAAAUGCACACAACUUUUAUUCCUUGCAAUUUGUCUUGGCUGUUGAGAGUUUACUGUGCUUUUCAUCCUUUAUAUUUUUACAAAUUCAUCAUUCCUUCUAGAAAUUUCAGCGAGAGGGUGCUACCAAUUGUCUUUUCGAUAUCGGCCUUAGAGAUGUUUUUUUUUUUGGAAUCCAUUGUAUAACUGCAUGCAUCUUUCGCUAAUGUUUGAAUAAAGAGUUCGGUGGCUUUUGUGACAACAAAAAUAGCCUCAGCACUGAUUAUACUGAU